AGUAUGUUUUUAAACAGCAAGGCAGCAAGUCGUUUAUAUCUGAAGCAUCCUUUUUUCUGGAAAAGUCUGGAAAAUUAAUUUGGAGCAAAAAAUUGUGCUUGUGCACUUUAUAAAUACUGUGCUUAUUUAACAAUUUGUUCGCUAAUUUGUGUACAACUAAAGACGUAAGCAUGUCGGAUCUAUCCUAUCUCGAAACGAUCUCGAACAAGGAACUUCACGCCAAAUGCCUAGAAUAUGGCCUGCCCAAUAUACCGGUCACCGAUUCCAGUCGCAAAGUUAUAUUGCGUCGCUUGCAGUCAUCCAUUUUAGGCGUUCCAAGCAAAAAUGCUGCUGCAGCAACAAAGAAGACGCCGAGACGCGAAACCAUACACAGCAGUAAGGCGACACCAGCAGCUGUGAUAGACACGAGUGUGCCGCGUGUGGCAGGUAAAAGCCCGAGCCGUAACAACAACAAUAGUCGUCGCACAAUUGGAGUGACACCUCGCGAAUACUAUCCGUUGGAUAGUUCACCUGUGCGCACUGUACAAACGACAACAACCGUGUCUGAUGUGGGCUCACAGUCGGAGGAUGAUGAUUUCUACCAAGUUAAUUCACCUAGCGUUAAACCCCAGAAACGUGAUGACACUCGACUGCGUCGCUCUGUUUCCUUAACCAAAUCAGGCGUGCUGACCACCUCAUAUACUCGCGAGGUGGAGAAGCCACAUUACGAGGAAGAGGAACAGCCGCAAAGCUAUACAUAUCAACGUCCACAGGUAGCGGCGGCGCCUGCGCGCACGCUGCCCAUCUAUGAGCCACGUAUUGAGCGCAGCUAUCGCCCGGAUCUGUCCAGGCAAAGCCUCACCCAAACGCAGCUAAACUCGACCAGCUAUUUGGAAGCAAGCAACGAGUACAAUGAGCCGCUCAUGCAACAGGCGCCGCGCAACACUUUCAGUGGCUCUGCGGCGCCUUUUAAUUUGGGGGGAACAUCCUCAUCCGCGGUGCGUCAGCGCCAGACCAUUGGAGACAGCGGCUUUGCCAGGGGUCGCCUUUUGCAGCCCACAUACAAAGUGAACUCGCUGUAUCCUCAACUGAACGAUUUCUAUGAUCAGCACAACAACACCGUACAGCCCAUGGACCUGGACACAGACAGCGAAUCGGAGGCGGAGAUUCAGCAGCGGCGUCAACAUCAGCGUUCACCUGGCGACAGCACUGAUUCGCCAUAUUUGAGCCACUUUUCGCGUCAGCUGGAUACGAGAAAACGUUCAUCGCCACUGGCCAGACCACAAAUGCGGUCCACCAUUCAGCAAGAGGAUCCGAAUGCUCCUAUGAAUCAGUUUCGUGCACUAAUUACGUCAUUGGAUCGUCAAUAUCAUCUCAAGUUUUAUUUCUUUCUGAUGCUGGCUGUUGUGCUCGCCACGCUUAUUUAUGUGAUAGUCACGCCCGCUGUCUGAGGGAUUACAAUGACUUCUUCAAAUAAUUAGUUUGUAAUUUCUCUCAUCUGUAAAAGCAUUGUAUGUAAAACUCCUAUAUACAUAACUUUAUUAUAUUCUCGUUUUCUGGUUCAUUUGGUAAUCAUGA